AUGAAAGGCAAACGACCUGUUGGAAGGCCGCGUAAGGGAGAACCUGACGUCUCUCAAGUCAGAGUUGAGGUAACAGAUGAUCAACAAGUUGGUCAUCUUAAUGUGAAGUCGCACGGCCAUGCUUAUAACGGACUUGAAGAGCGCCUUAACGAGGUCGAGGAUUCCUGGGAGACGGACUCACUAUUUGAGGAUGUCAUCGAUGACAUUACCGAGGAUAGAUUUUUCAACGAUGUUGAUGCCGUUACUCCUGAGCAAGCUGCACGUUAUCGUCAGCAACUUCGCACGAUUGGCCCCCAAGAGUUUUGUCGACUCACUGUUGACUCAGGUGCCAUCACAGCUAAGAAGCUCCUGACUGCCUUCGGAAUUCGCCCGCCCGCUUUUCUUGAGGGGCUGCCUGAUGAUAACUACUUCAGCUUACUCACCUUGGCUAUGACCCGUGAAUUGGCUAAGCGCGCUAAGCUCCCCAAGUACAAUACAAUUGACGAUGCCGUCACUCUUCUUAAGCAGUCUCGCAACAUCGUCGUACUCACCGGAGCUGGAAUCUCCACCUCGCUUGGCAUACCUGACUUCCGUUCCAAGGAGACCGGUCUUUAUUCGCAACUUGAGAAAUUAGAUAUUGGAAUCAGCGACCCGCAGGAAGUCUUUAACAUAGACGUCUUCCGCGAUGAUCCCACUAUCUUCUACUCUAUCGCCAAGGAUAUUCUCCCCGACACGAAGGGCCUAUACUCACCAACUCACGCUUUCAUCGCCAAACUUCAGGAUAUGGGCAAACUUCUCACGAAUUACUCGCAGAACAUCGAUAAUAUCGAGGCGAAUGCGGGUAUUAAACCUGAGAAGCUGGUGCAGUGCCAUGGUUCAUUCGCCACUGCCACAUGUCAGAAGUGUGGCCACAAAGUACAAGGUGAUACCCUCUUUGGUGAAAUCAAGGCUGGAAGGAUCCCUCGAUGUGUCAAGUGCAUCGCUGCACUCCGCGGCAACGGCGCUAUGAAGCGCAAGCGCUCCUACAAUAAGAACACAGGUAAGAAGAGCAAACGUCGAAGCUCCGAUGACGACGACGAUGAUGACGACCAGUACGAUAUUCCUGCGGCAGGUGUUAUGAAACCCGACAUCACUUUCUUUGGCGAGGAACUACCCGACGAGUUUAGUCAACGAUUAGAAAAGCACGAUCGUGACCUCGUCGAUCUAGUCAUCGUAAUCGGCACGUCCCUCAAAGUCGCACCUGUCUCCGAGGUCGUUCCCUUCCUUCCACCUCACAUCCCACAAAUCUAUAUUUCGCGCACGCCAGUCAGUCACAUCAACUUCGACAUCGACCUUCUUGGGGACUGCGAUGUAGUUGUCGCCGAACUAUGCCGUCGCGCUGGAUGGGAUCUCAAUCAUAAAAUGGUGUCGCCAGACCAAAUGGUAGAUAUCAAAUUGGAAGACGGGUACAAGAGCCGUCAUGUCUUCACCGUUAUCGACCCGAAGACACCACAAAGCCCAGAGCUAUAA